GUAUUUUUAGUCAGUGUACUUAAAGUUUAACGAUCGAUUGUAUUCAUUUAUCAAUAUCAAUUAUUCUUAGCGUAUAAAAGAACAUUUGAUUUUAGAUUUUCCUCUUCCAUUUUAAAUGACAAUGUAUCUAUAUAUGAAUGGGCUGACCGUGAGUUUUAAAACUCGUAAAGGACGAAUAAAAUACCAAAUACCGUUUGAUGCAUCGUAUAACAAGAGGAAAAGCGUCUUUUACACGGACAUGUAGCGUUUAUACUCAUAAAGAACAGACUUGGACGCACGCGUCAACUCUAACUACAAGGUCUUUGGAUCUAUUGACUGUGUCCUAGAUUGACAUAGAGACAUAGAGGCGUUAGUCUUUAAUAGGAAUAACAUCUCGAGACUCAUUGGAAAUGCCUGCCUAUAUGUAUCAGCUGUAUAUAGAUUUAUACAUACAAUAAUAAUAAUAAUUAUUGUAUGUAUACUUAGUGCCAGUGAGUAAUGCAUAUUACUCUUACCCAACAGCAUGUGAACCCCUUCGGCUGUUGCUUAAUCGCAUACGAUUACUCAUAUCUCAACCUACCGGAAGUACAAACAAAAUAUCACCUGACCUGUUACUAAAUUAUUUACUAGAUUCAAUUUAUAGCCAUCGAACUUUCUCAUUUCUUUUCCUAAAGUAACAUUUUACCUGAAGUAUAUAAAAUAUACGGUCUAAGUAUGUAUAAUAUAUAAUACAAAAAGGCAGCUGAUGCGCACAUGCAAGAAGUAACAGAGUAGGAGGACUCAACGUAGAGAAGUUGUACUAACUUCAAAAUCAAUACGAAUUAUUUUGAAAAUCGUCAAGUCAGGUUUGAGUCUGGUAUUCUGCAGAAAUAAAUAAAAGAGAAAGGAGCUCCAUUGCGACUCUUGCUUUUACCGCGUGGUUAAACUGAAAAGGAUAAUUUAUAAGAAGAAUAAAAAAAUGACAAUGGAAUAGGCAAGUUAAAUCCUGGGCAUCAUCAUCAAGAACAGCACCUCGAUUUCUAGAUAGGAGGGGUACACUUGUAUGCAGCAGCAGCAGCAGCAACAGCAACAACAGCUCGGUUUGGAGAGGGAUGUACGCUGUGUCUGCUACUUCGAAGUAGGGGAAGUGGUUCGCGGGUUUCGCGGGCGCGGAAAGACGGGAGGUAGAAUCUAGAGGUCAGAAUCAGAAUUGGAAUUGCAGAUGGCGCUUAACUGCGCUACAUCGACAUCAUGGGGCCACCAGUCGAGUCAUCCGGUCGGAGGGAGAGGCUGUUUUCUGUUUCCUCAAUCCUCUGUCUUUUGGUCUUGCCAGACCGGAUAGGAGCUUUAACUUAAACUCUUCUAUUUGUCAUAAUAUAAAAUUUUGGAGUAAUUUUAUCUCUAUUACUAUUUUUACUCCAAACUUAAAAUAAUCUUAUAUGUGUACUUGUACCGUAUCUAUGCACUUUAUCAGUAGUGCAGGUAAAUAUCACAGCAGGUAUAUUUACAUACAUAACAUACGAUAACGACUGAAGACUGAAGAGGAAAUCUUCGACAUACAUCGAGGAGAGACUUCUUCGUCGCCCCAAACAGUGCACCGCCUCUAGUGGUUCAGAAUUACUCCGCUUGCUUCGCUGUAUCACCACUCUCUUUUCCAAUAUAAUAUACAAGAGGAGGUGACUGUGCGCCCGUAGCUGCCCGUAGCCCGUUCGUCUUUAAUAUUUAAUAUAAUACUUAUACAUAAACGCUGGUACUCUGCUCCUAUUCACUACUCGUGUCGUUGUCGCAAUAGCAAUAACUGCUAUUAUUGCUGUUGUUGCUCAUAUUAUUUUAUUAUUAUUAUUAUUAUAUAUAUAUAUUUGUUGUUGCCUGCUGCUAGUCUGCACACUUCAGUGUUGUGUUGCUGUUUCACGGCAGGCCAACCCAGGCCCGGCUUUAAAAAAAACGUCAGCGUGUUGUUAUUAUUCCUGAAUACUUGAAUUUAAAAUAUGUACACCUAUUGACUACUGGUUACAUAUUACAGUGGGUACAGUAGUAGUGACGGACAGUAGUAGUACAAAAGAGAAGGAGAAGUAAAGGAGUAGUAAAGAUAUAUUUUGUGUGGACGUCGCCAUUGCUGCUGCUGCUGUGUGAUGACCAUCCGGCUGUUGUCGCUCUAUUAACGAGAUAAGAAGAAGUUAAACGAGGAUCACGCGAUUGAGGAAAUAUAUGUAUAUAUUCAUGUGUAUACGUAAUUUGAGUACUUUGAAAUAAACAAGACAAAAUGUCUGAGCCAUCGGCUAUUUUACGGGCACUGAGGCCAAGGACUCAGCAUAAAGUAAGAUCGAGUAAAAAACAACAGGAAAAUGAAGAAUCAGAAGAAGAAGAAGUAGACGGCGAAGCGAGUCAAGUAGAUGACGUUACAGAUUUAAGUGGUUUAAAUGAUUCGAAAGGUGAAGAUGAUAAUAAUCAUGAUAAUAUUGAUAAUAAUCUUGAUAAUAAUAAUGAAAAUAUCAACGACGAUGACGAUAAUAAUGAUUAUGACGACGAUGAUGAUUAUGAUGAUGAUGAACCUAGACUUACUAUUAAAGAAGAGCCUGAGGAUGAUGUAGCAGAUGAGAAAAUUGUAUCGGAAAGUGGCUAUGAGUGUAAAUCAUGUGAGCCUUCUAUUGAAUUCCCUUCAUUGGUUGAAUAUUUGCAGCAUUUGAAGGACGAGCAUCAUCAAAAGCCCAAGUGCCACGAGUGUCCUCAUUGCAAUUUUAUCUCUCAACAUCCAAAGAGAUUGGAACGUCAUCUUUUAUCAAUUCACAAGGACAUAGAAGCUUCUAAUCAAUCCAACAUGGAUGGGCAUCAAAAGAUUCAUCCGCUCAAACGGCGUUUUUUUCGAUGUACCAAGUGUUCGUAUAUGACACACGUGCGUGCACGUUACACUAAGCAUGUUAAGUACCACUCGAUGCCGAUGAUCAAGUGUAACGAUUGUGACUUUCGUACUCCAUAUAAGUGGAAUUUAGAUCGACACACACGCAGUCACAAUGGAGGCGGAGCCUUUCAAUGCAGAGCGUGUAAUUUUACUGCUGAGAUACGUCAAAGUUUAACAGUACACGAAACUAAUCAUCAUGAACCUCCUGUUGGAGUUUGCAACAAAAAAUUAAAUCCUCUUGAUCGUAAGCCACGAAACGGCCCUAAGCGCUACAAUCAGGUUGGCGCAAGUGACUUUCGAGAACCCUCCCAAUCUAGUCCAUCAAAAUCUCCAGUCGCAGAUGGUAUUGAUAAUUCACUGGAAGAAACUCCAAAUACUGUUAUAGCUGACGCUGAGUGUAUAGCACUCAAGUGCGACGAAAAAGGAUGUCAAUUUAUUACUGCGUGGGACUCUGAAAUGCAGCGGCACCUGAUUGAGGCGCACGGACCAUUACAAUCACCAAAUAAAGCUCGGAAACCAUUACCAAUGCUCAUUCCAUUGAGUCCUGAAGGCAAAGUAAAUAAUAGUAUUCCCAAUGGUUCUCCAAAUACACUAAAAGUUCCUCGAGUGAGAGUCCGACCGGAGCUCGCAAAAAUUGCACGAGAUACUGAAAUGGCAAAACUGUAUAGCAAUCGUGAGACGACUGGAAAGAAGGAAGUGACGGUAAAAUCUUUUGAAAAAAGGAAUGCUUCUUUCUUUGACCGGCUGAAGGAAAGAUUAAUGGGGAGUACAAAUGCUGGCUCAUCACAGGUAGCUGUAAGUAAUCGAGAGGAUUUAAAAUGUUGGUGUACGUUUGAAGCAAUUAGCCUUGAAGAGUUGGCUAAGCAUAAACAAACUCAUCACACUGCGCUCAGUGUGUCUAGUAGUAUAACGCGUUGUCCAAACUGUCGAAGACAUUGUAAAAAUUUGACAGAUCUUGAGUUGCACAUGAAAUUUUGUUCAUCGAUGAGCAAUAAUUUAAUGAUUAGCAAUAAUAGUCAGGAGAAUACUGUCAUUAGUACAAAUUAUACGGCUACCUCCAACUGUGAUGAUUUUGAGUUUCCUUUACAAGUGGACUGGGAAGGGAGUGUUGGCGGGCUGAAUUCUUCCGGAUCGUCGGCUGAUGGAGUUACUCAAUCGUCUUCACGCCGAGUAUUCAAGUGCCCCCACUGUCCAUUCUGGGCGUCAACAGCCAGCCGAUUCCAUGUGCACAUUGUCGGCCAUUUGAAUCGCAAACCAUUCGAGUGCUCAUUUUGUGCGUACCGAUCAAACUGGCGAUGGGAUAUAACCAAACAUAUAAAACUUAAAUCAGCUAGAGAUGCAGCUCAUGCUACUGCUAGAGUUCUUAUGACCGACGAAACUGGUAGAAGAAAUUAUUCAAAGUACAAUAAAUAUUUAGCACAAAUAGACCAACAGAUUCCACAUGAUCUAAGUGAAGAUCACGGAGUUGUUGAUACUACCUCAGGAGAACCACCAAAGAAAUUAAUUAUUAUGAGUAAAUCCAAAAAUUAUCCAGUACCUCAAAAUUUAACACCAGCCCCUAGCAGUUACAACAACUAUGGAAAAUCCGAUUCUGGAAUAGUAAAUUCUGCUCCACGUCCACCGCCUCCACUUCAAUCUAGAAAUCAAGGCCAAUCAUUAUUAAAAGUGAAUCCGUCGGCUAGUAAUCCAAAUGUUGCUAUUUCUGUGUACGCUUCUAACUCUAAUUCGGUUGCAUCAACUUCUGGUUCUACAGAAGAGUCCAAACGAACGUUAUGGAAAUGUAAGAAAUGUAAUUUUCGAGAUGCUAAUAAAGAAAUGGUAUUGCAGCAUGUUAAAACUCAUUAUGAGUCUAGUGAACAAUCAUCAAGUGGAUUACAAAGUUUUAUUCCUUGUAAUGAAUGCCCAUUCAAAGCCGAAGAUACAGCUGCACUAGCAAUACAUCAAGUUAAUCAUCGUCCUGAUCGAGAUAAAAUUUUCAAGUGUUAUCAUUGCCCGUAUUACGUCAGAACAAAAGCAGAACUUUUGGAGCACGGACAUUUACAUGGCCAAGAGCUUGCUGUUGAACAUAAAUUAAACUCAAAUGUUGAUUCAUCACCAAAUAAAAUAAAACUUCAAAAUCAAUCUGCUAAAUUAGAUAUUUCCGUAGAAGAGGUAUCGCAUGUGUCAUCACCUAUUUUAGCAGCAGCUGUUUCAGGAAAUAAUGAAGGUGCUGCGCCACCGCUUUUAUUAGACACACGUGCUUUACCGGACACACCACUAGUCUGGGUAUCACGACCAGACGGUACCUUUGCAAAGAUGUUAAAGUGCCGUCAUUGUCCACACGUUUCAACUCGACGUGCUGAGGUUCGUGAUCACGAGACAAUGCACACUUUAGCCUCAGUAAAUGACUGUACAAUAGCAUGUCCAGACUGUAGUUUCAGAUGUUUAUUACGAGAAACUAUGGAUGCACAUACAGACAUGCAUCGAGGAUCAUUGGGAACUGUACACUGUCUAGUAGACGACGGUCGUUCUGACGCACAACAGCUUGAAGAUUUAACAACUCUUUUAGAUUUACCAAGAACACCUAAAUUAGGUCCAGAGCCAGAUUUAUGUGACCCACGUUUACUUUAUUGCUGUAACAAAUGUCCAGCACGAUUUCUCUGCGAUAAAGAAUUAAGGAUUCAUAUUAAAUAUCACUCUAAUGAUUUAUCUUACUCAUGUGAAUGGUGCUCUUAUGGCUCAAGACAACAGUCUCAUUUAUCAGCACAUCAAAGAGCUCACACUUCUGAAUACCAAGAACGUACAAGAUAUUUAUUAUCUUUGUACGGCCAUUCUCAGAGAUAUCCACCACCUAGAACAGCAUGCGUUGAAACAAACAGCCAAGUUGGAAAUACCGCGAAAAAUAUUGCUUGGAUUGUCGUUCAAAUAUCAGGUUCUGGAGCAGGCUCUUCAAAUCAACAAAAAGAUGAAGACAGAACACCAAGUCAAGUAUUUACUUGUUCAAAGUGUCCAGCUCGUUACUUUAAACUCGAUGCACUCGAGUACCAUAUGACUCUUCAUGGUUCAAAUAAUAGAUUCAAAUGUACAGAAUGUGAUUAUUCAUCGAAAACAGGACAAAAUUUAUUGAAACAUCAGGUUGUUCACAGAAGACAAACUGAAAUAAAUGAACCAUCUGCUACUCAAUUACAUUCACCUCAAGAUCCUCCGUUUAAUCCAUUAAUGCAGGGAAAUCCGAAUUUUGUUUAUCAAGGAUACGUUAAAAAUGGUAAAGUCAGAGAGAAACGAUUCAAGUGCCAUAAAUGCCCAUCGGCAUUUGAAAAACGUGAACAGUAUCGAGUACAUUUAACAUUACACGGUGCUAAACAACGAUAUCGCUGUGAUACUUGUGACUAUUCAGUUAAAUAUUAUGCAAAUUAUGUACAACAUUUAAAAAAGCAUCAUGCGAAUGCUCAAUCUCAAGCGUCACAACGCCAAGAUGAAACGUCAAUGGAUUAUGAUAAUAAUUUUAUUGAUGAAGAUGAUGUCAAUAAGAGUCCUUCUAAGUCACGUAGAAAAUCAACUAUUUCUUCAAAUACAUUAGGAAAUAAUUCUUCUACCGCUGGAUUUUCAGCUUCAUCUGUUUCUAAUCAAGAUAAACAAUCUAUUAUACUUAUGCAAAAAAAGAGCAAUACAAUAACACCAUUUACUCUUUUACGUUGUACAGAAUGCCCUUUUUCGUCAACUGACAAAGAUACAGUUGAUGCUCAUAAACGCCGGCAUGGUAUUGAUAGACUUACACCACCCUGUCCGCAUUGUAAUUAUGUGCCACGUAAAGAUGAAAAUGUUAGUGAACAUAUUAGAUUACAUUUUACUAGACUUUACAAACCAGAAUCCUAUUUAGUUAUUGAUUCAUUGUCACUGACUAUGCGAAAAAUGUCUAAUAGUAAAAAAGAUGAUAAACAUAAAGAAAAUGAACUUAUAUUUCGAGAAUGUGAUGAUGGCAAAUAUUUACCAGUUGCUGUUACCAAUUCGCUGCCUGUUACAAAUGGCAGUAAUUUUGAAAAAAUUAUUGUUGACCCUAAUACUGGCGAAGCAACACGUUUCAGUAUGUAGAAUAUUAGGUUUUAAAUUUCCUCUUGAGGCCAUUUUCAGACAGCAGCCCCUACUUCUUGAAAAUUUUCAAUGACUCAAUUGUCAUGAGCGUGUCAAAAUUUUAUCAAUUAAUUAAAGAAAUUAAAGCAUUGAUUGAAAAAAGGAUAACGUAAUUUCGCUGAUAUAGAUUUAAAAAAAAUUAUUUACAGUUGAUAUCAAUUGGGAGUUUAACGAAAUUUGGAAAAUAUAUUUCAGUGAAAUCUUUAUGUCAAUUUUACAAUUCGAAUUUUUAAAUUUUGUAGACCAAAAUUUAUUCAACAAAUUUUGUUUAACUCCUAAUUGAUAACAACUGUCAGUAGGGGAGACCAGGGUUGGUUGUCACAGAGGUCAUAAUAGACAACUUAGCGAACGAAAUACGAACAUUGAUCGGCGUCGAAAGGGAGGUGAUACUUUCACGAUUCUUUGCUGCUGAUCGAUGAUUCGAUCACCACAAAUGAACCCCGGUCUCCCCUAAUUUUUUUUAAAUUCUAUACCUUAGUGAAAUUACAACUACGUCGUUGCUUUUUUUUCAAUUAAGGUUUUAAUUUUUUUUUAAUUAAUUAAUAAAAUUUUAUACGGUUAUGACAGUUGUUAUUGCAUAUUUUUAAAAACUGAAGGGCACUGUCUGAAAAUGCCCUUAAUUUUCUAAUAUAUUUAUGUAUAUAUUCAUACAUAUUUUUUUCCCAUACUUUUGGUGGUGCAAAUUUUUUUGCAAAUUAUAUAAACGUAAUAUUAAUUAAUUUAUUUAAAAAUAAGGUGUGAUAAAAGUCAUUUCAGCAUAUUUAAUUAUUUACUAUAUUAAUAUAUA